UUUACAGCGUCGCGAACUGUUCAAAUGCUUUCUAUUCGUCAAUCUCGCUUCAUUUCAUAACCAUCUGCUCCAGUCUGUGUCCAUUCCCACUAAACGAAGCACCGCCUACACUGCACUUUAUGUCUAAAUGCUGCGCUCUGUUAGAAAGUAGGUUUAGCGGAACGGAAUCGGAUCUCAUGAUGUUUUGGUUUAUUGUAAGUGCUGUUUUACUUUUAUUUGCAUUAAGAUUCCGUUAUCCUUACUUUAUCAAAGAGGCCACGUACGUGCGUCGGAUAGCAGUAGCCAUAUACCGUACCACUAAAUAUCUCAAAUCCAAACCUUUCUAUACCUUAGUGGAUCGGUUCUUGGAUUCGGUUCAGAAGAACCCACACAAAGCGUUCAUCCGGUUCCAGGAUCAAACCUACUCGUAUGCGCAGUCGGAUAAACGGAGUAAUAAGAUCGCGAGGAGUUUGUUGAAGCACGCAGAUCUUCAUGAAGGAGAUACAGUUGCGCUCCUCCUAGGAAAUGAGCCCAUGUUCUUGUGGAUAUGGUUGGCUUUGGCCAAGAUCGGAUGUUCUGCUGCUCUUCUCAAUCAUAACAUCCGAUCCAAAUCACUUCUGCACUGCUUCACCUGCUGUGGGGCCACUGUGCUGAUAGCUGGUGCAGAACUGCAGGAUGCUGUUGAGGAGGUGCUGCCCGCUCUGAGAGAGCAGGGAAUCUCGGUCUAUAUACUGACUGACCAUGUGACCACUGAGGGAAUGAAGAGUCUUACAGACAAGAUCGCGCAGGCCUCAGAUGAGCUUAUUCCUGCAGACCUGAGGGCCAACAUCACAUUGAGCAGCCCAGCGGCGUACAUCUACACGUCAGGCACGACAGGUCUUCCUAAGGCAGCAGUGAUUGCUCAGCUGAGGUUGUGGGCCAUUGCCUCCUUUUUUUCCAUUUGUGGUGUGAAGUCUGAUGAUGUGGUGUACAUCUGCCUUCCCUUGUAUCACAGUGCCGGCUUUGCUAUUGGAUUCGGCGGUGCUAUUGAAAGAGGAGCCACUGUUGUCCUGAAGAGCAAGUUUUCUUCCUCUCAGUUCUGGGAUGACUGCAGAAAAUAUAAUGUGACUGUGAUACAGUAUAUUGGAGAAACAAUGCGCUACCUCUGCAAUACACCAAAGCGUGUUAGCGACCAAGUACACAACGUUAGAAUGGCCCUAGGGAACGGGAUCAGACCAGAGGUGUGGAGGACGUUCAUAAGCAGAUUCGGCAGUGUUGACAUCAAAGAGUUUUACGGCUCAACUGAAGGAACCUUGGGCUUUUUGAACUACUCUGGGAAAAUCGGGGCCAUUGGUAGAGUGAAUUUUUUUCAUAAGAAACUCUAUCCAUAUGCAUUGGUUAAGUUUGACCAAGAACGAGAGGAGCCUGUGAGAAACGCAGAUGGAUUUUGCAUAGAAGUAGCUGAAGGUGAGACAGGCCUACUAGUAUCAAAGAUUACCCAGAAGGCCCAAUUUGCUGGAUAUGCCAGGGAUCCCAAACAGACCGAGAAGAAGAAACUCUACAGUGUGUUUGAGAAGGGCGAUGUUUACUUCAACUCUGGAGAUCUGUUCAGGACAGACCACGAAAACUUCAUCUACUUCCAGGAUCGGGUGGGCGACACUUUUAGGUGGAAAGGGGAAAAUGUUUCCACAAAUGAAGUGUCCGACAUCCUGACUAUGGCAACGAGUAUUGAGGAAGCAAACACAUACGGAGUUACAGUGUCAGGGUAUGAGGGGAGGACAGGAAUGGCUACCAUCACACUAAAGAAAGACCAUCAGUUUGAGCCCGAAGUCAUUUUUAGUCAUGUGACCACUUACCUCCCCUCUUAUGCCAGACCACGUUUCAUAAGGAUUCAGGAUUGUUUGGAUGUGACUUGCACCUUCAAACUGCUGAAAGGGAAGCUGGUAGAGGAGGGCUUCAACCCUGCUGUAAUCACGGACCUUCUGUUUGUUUUAGAUGAGACGCUGAAAAGCUACAGACCUCUGACACGUGACGCAUAUCAGUCGAUACUGAACGGUCGCUUCAGAUUGUGAAGCGCAGUAUUCUUUGUUAUAAUAUAUAAUGAAAAAAUCUGAUCUUUUAUUUGUUCAGACUCCUGAUUUUAAAUUUACACUUACAAGAUAGUAACUGUCCAGAGAUCACAAAUAACACAAAAAAAUGUAUGUGCAUAUAUAUAUAUAUAUUGUCCAUACCAAAGACAAAUGUAAGUUCAACAAAUUAUGGUG